UUUGGGUGCCGCUGCAGCUUGACGAAGGAAGAAUGGCCGCUGAUACAGGCAGAUACAGGAGCGCUGUCAGUAAAAACAAAGACCCUUCUGGUCUUCUCAUCUCUGUUAUAAGGACUUUGUCCAACAGUGAUGAUGUGGAGGACAGAGAGACCGAGAAGGGUCGCCUGGAAGAUGCUUUUGAGACAUGUGAUAGGGACCUAGAUGAGCUGAUUGUUCGACAUUACGCCGAGUUAACCACUGCCAUUAGGACCUACCAGAGCAUCACAGAGAGGAUCACCAGCUCCCGCAACAAGAUCAAGCAGGUGAAGGAGAACCUGCUGUCAUGCAAAAUGCUGGCUGCCACUGCAAGAGAGACGUGGCUGAGGAAGCUGUGGAUCGAAGGCAUCGAGCACAAACACGUCCUCCAGCUACUGGACGAAAUCGAAAGCAUCAAGCAGGUGCCACAAAAGCUGAGGCACAUGGCUAGCAAGCACUACCUCCGUGCAACUGAAUGCUGGUGAGUGUCAGCUGUGGAUUCGCUGGAAGGACCGCUGUUGCAGGUUGAAGGGCUUGGAGACCUGCGUUUGGAGCUUCAUAGCAAGAAACUGAACAUGCACCUGGUGCUGAUUGAUGAGUUGCACCGACACCUCUACAUCAAGUCCACAAGUCGCGUGGGACACAAGAACAAGGACAAAAAUGCUGUUCGUCUUCCAGGCUCGGCAGGCAAAGACACGUCUCCGAUGGCUGUGUUGGAUGGCAGCAGUCUGUCCACCCCACGCAAGCUCUUAGACACAUCGCAGUUCAGCACCCCUGGAUCCGGCACUGUGCGUGAGCUGCAACAAGAUAUUCGAGAGUUGAACCAAGCUGACCUCCCUGAGGUGGAUCCAGAGGAGAACAGUGCUCAGUUCAUGGGCAUCCUUAUUAAGGCUUUGUCCAUGCUGAAGAAGAUACCAGAGACCAUUAAAGCCAUAAUGGAGCGACUGGAACCUGAGCUGAAGCAGAUUGUCAAGAGGUCCACCACUCAGAUAGCAGACCAUGCCUACCAGAGAGGAGAAAACCUGGCACAGGAAAGCCGACCAAGGCUGCUGUUGGAACUGCUGGAACUCCUGUUUGAUAAGUUCAAGGCGGUGGCCCAGGCGCACAGUGUGGUGUUGACCCACCUGCAGCGCAUCGCGGUGCAGUGCCCCCGCGGCGCUCAGGAAGAAGGCAUCAAACUGUACGAGCAGGCCGACGUCUCUGCCAAAAUUCAGACUGUGCUGCAGGUUCUGCUUAUGGACUAUCUGGACGUGAAGAACAGCCGCAGUGCCACGGAGCCCUCGUCUCAGCUCUCCUAUGCCAGCACAGGCAGCGAGUUUGCAGCCUUCUUUGCAAAGAAAAAACCACAACGUGCCAAGCAGUCUCUCUUCAAAUUUGAAUCAUCUUCGCAUGCCAUUAGUAUGAGCACCUACCUAAGAGAACAGAGGCGAGAACUCUACAGUAAGAGCGGCGAAUUACAAGGUGGAGCAGAUGACAACCUGAUUGAUAGAGGCGAAAUGAAGUUUGUCUGUAAGCCAGGAGCAAGGAACAUCACUGUCAUCUUCCAACCUCUUCUCAGGUUUAUUCAGGAGAUAGAGAUGAACAUGGGACCAGGUCAGGCCAAACAGUGCCAACUCCGAGCCUUCCUCACCUACUACAUCAACGACCUCUUCCUCAACCAGGUGCGAACAGAGAUCAACAAGGAAAUCGAGGCUGUGAGCAAAGCUUCCGAUCCUUUGAAAAUCCUCGCCAGCGCCGACACCAUGAAGGUUCUGGGUGUUCAGAGACCACUGCUACAGAGUACCGUCGUGGUGGAGAAGUCCAUCCAGGAUCUAAUGAGCCUAAUGGAGGACCUGAGCGCCUACUCCAAUCAGUUCCUAGAAAUGGUCUGCAACAAGCUGAAAGAGUACAAAGAAAUCUGCAACACGGCGUACAGGGGUAUAGUCCAGUGUGGGGAGAAGCUGACCAUCAGUGCUUCCUGGUCCAAAGAUGAGGACAUCAGUCGCUUGCUGCAGUCUCUCCCGAACUGGGCCAACAUGGCCCAACCCAGACAGAUCCGACAGAAGAGAGAGGACGAAGAGGACUUUACCCGGGCAGCAUUUGCUAAAGAAUCGGAGGUGUUGACCGGGAACCUUGGUGACAAGUUAAUCCCCCAGACUGAGAUCCUGCGAGACGUCAGUGACUUGAAGGCUCUGGCCAACCUUCACGAGAGCAUGGAGUGGCUCACUGGCCGACUCAAGGCCUUCUUCAGCACCCUGCCUUAUAUCUCCAGCAUGCCUCCAUGCUCAGCAGACAGCCAGGUGGUUGGUGAGAGUGAACGGAGCCGGGAGCAGAUUCUCCAGACCCUCAGUGACCUGUCCAUAGGAUUUCAGGACAUUGCAGACCGCUGCCUCUUGGUUCUGCACCUAGAAGUUAGGGUGCAUUGUUUCCAUUACCUGAUUCCUUUGACCAAGCAAGGCAAUUAUGCCAUUGUAGCUAAUGUGGAGAGUAUGGACUACGACCCCCUGGUGGUCAAACUGAACAAGGACAUCUCAGCCGUGGAAGAGGUCAUGGGGGCCGCUUUGCAGCAGCACAAGUUCCAGUACAUCUUCGAAGGACUAGGUCAUCUAAUCUCCUGUAUUCUCAUCAACGGGGCCCAGUAUUUUAAGAGAAUCAGUGAGUCUGGGAUUAAGAAGAUGUGCAGGAACAUCUUUGUCCUCCAGCAAAACCUCACGAACAUCACAAUGUCCAGAGAGGCUGACCUAGACUUCGCAAGGCAAUAUUACGAGAUGCUGUACAACACGGCCGACGAGCUGCUGAACCUAGUCGUGGACCAGGGUGUUCGCUACACUGAGCUGGAGUACAUCAACGCCCUUUCGCUUCUCCAUCGCAGUCAGACCGGCGUGGGCGACCUAAGCACACAGAACACCCGGCUGCAGAGGCUCAAGGAGAUCAUCUGUGAGCAGGCCGCCAUCAAACAGGCCACAAAGGACAAGAAGAUAACCACCGUGUGACUGCCAACGUGGACAGCAACACCACGAGAGUCCUCCAUCAACAGGCGUCUCUACUGUACGCGUCUUUGGGGACACAAGAUCAACUGAAGAAGCAAAAAUGAUAUAAAGUGUGUUGUAUCUAUUUCAUUUUGAAAAGCGUGGUCGCAGACUCGCUCUGAACGGGAAGCGAAGUCUUACUUCCUGUGCGCCAUAAGUUACCCUACAUUGUCGAUUUAGGCUCCUCGCAACAACAAAUACAAACAAUCCCGCUCUCAAGAGGACUUCAGUGCGAGAUAAAAGGUGAUUGUCUUGGACCGUCACUCGAACUUAGGUCCCAUCUCAUCUCAUUUUCCUAUUAGAUGCAAACUGCUGCUCUCAAUUACGGCGCUAUCUCUUAUGUUGCGGCGGCCCCGCGGGCCCACUGAUUCCGCCUGCAAUAACAGAUGCCAGAUUACACCGUCUGAGCAAGGCCACAUCUUCCGCCUGCUGCCAAUUUUGCUCGUUCCCCAAAGAGUUCCAGAGCUGAGAACUGCAUCAUAUCUGUCGCCGUUAAACGUCAGCUGUUUUUCUUUCUGUUUGCGGGGUGAACUCGUGUUGCCAGGUUGGGAGUUUAGUUAACAAUUUGGUCACAAAACAUCCCGUAAUGAGGAUGGUUUUAUUGAAUGCCUUGUGUUGCAGGAGUGACUUUGUCACCUGUCCGUAAAGUCUCACCACGGUCCAGCUCCGCUAAGCUGAAACACACUACAAGUUUAAAAUGUCUUUUAAAGUGAGCGAAACAUAAAGUUGCGGCAGUCACAAAUCAUUUGGCGCCCGCAGCCCUCUGCGGCUUUACUUCAUUAACUUGGGAGAGAAGUACUUAACAAGAGGAUGAGAGGCGACCGGGAGGCUUGUCAAUACAGCGGGCCCACUGCUGGACUCCCCGAAGCACACGAAGCAAUCCAUCAUAAUGACACACGGGCCGGGAUCGAUGGGAAACCGGCGGCGGCACUGAGGGGCCGGAUUACUGCGCCGAAACAUACACUUUGUGCAAAAACUAAAAUCUGCUCAUUCACCUGUUUGGUUCAAACCGCUACAUUAGUUAUUUAGUGUGUGGAAAAUUUCAAUGCAUUCACCAUGUGCACACACACGUGCAAUCGAUUCUGUAUAUAGUAUAAAACAGUCCAAAAGUUAGCUUUUCUACUUAAAUUUAAUUUUUAUCUGGGGUUUUUUUUCCCUCUAUCUUCUUUCCACAUGACUCUUGAAUGUGAAAAUGUAACGUUUCACUUCAGAAUGCAUCGCGUUAAACAUUUUAAACAUUCAUCUGGUUGUUGAGCAUCAUCCUCCAAAUGAUCAGUCGCCCAUCUGCUCCUAAUGAAGCUCAGAUGACUCGAUAGUGGUGCAUUAAUCUGACUAGGAAAUAAAGAAAAUCAUCUAAAGUUCAAA